GAGGAGGGGGGAGGGGGUGAGAGCAGACGUGACUCACUGCAGCGGCUGACUCCAGGGACACUGGAGGAACUCCAGCUUCUGUGCCUACUCCAGGAAACUCCCGGUCGGCAAGCCCCGUGCCUCGGCGUGUCUCAGGCUGGGCCCAACGGAUGUGUCCCCAGGGCGGCGUGGGAGGGCCUCCGCGCCGCGUGCCCCGGGCUGGCCAUCAGCGUGGCGCUCAGUGAGUACCGCAUGCCGCCCCUGCCUCACACCGGCGCUACGCCGCGCACGGAGCGCCGCGCCGAGGGGUAUGGCCGACUCGGCCUUGCGCUGGCUGCGCAGUCACGUCCUGUCCCUGGAGUGACGGGCAGGGCGGAUGGGAUGGGGUGCACGACGAUGGUCUCAGGGCGGGGAAGCCCCAUGCCACCACGGUGCUCUGCGGCUGCGGGCUGACCCCGCUGACGGGUUUGUACGGUGGUUUGCAGUGGCCGUGGGUCGUUACGAGGACGUGAACGCGUUUCUCAGCCCCCCGAUGACCGUGCGGAGCUUGGUGCUCAGCACGGGCGUGGAUCUCUGCGCUGCGCGGACUCCCUGCCGGCUGCUGCUCAGCCUCAGGACCAUCGAGGACUGGUACCCGGCCUCGCUCGAAGAGAUCAGUUUGAACUUGUGGCGGGGUGUAGAGCCAGUUGACGCUGAGCUCGUCCGCCUCGUCCAAAUGCUGCCGAAACUUAGGAUUUUCGAUUUUCGAGGUCCAGUUACUAGGCUGGAUUGUGUGGAACGUCUGUUGGAUGAAGCACUGAACCGCCACCAAAAUCUGAGUUACUUAACACUUGCUCUUCAGGAGAGAAUAACUGUUCAGCCGAUUGUUAAUUUCCGACAAGAAGUGGCGUCUCUUGAACGCAAGUACCUGCAACCUUACAAGGAAAAGAACAUUCACCUACAACUAAUAGUUUACAAGCUGUAAGAUUAGAUUUCUUGUCCCGCUGACCUGAACAUAGACCCACACCUUGGCCAUCUCAAAAAUGGUCGUGGUAGUAGUUAUCAUUUAAGCCAAUUGUUUCCUAAUAUUUCCUCUUUUGUAUUCUUCGUGUAGGGCUCUCUUCGCUAAUAAAUGAGCAGGAACAUUCUCCUCUCAUCUUUUUCCUGAUCUAAGAUAAGAAUACAAUAAAAUUAUGGACUCUUUUUGGAGUCGUUCCCUUUUUAGUUUUAUGGUGUUCGCAGAUAAAACGGAAGCAGAUAGAAAGAAGGAAUGGAAGAAAGAGAAGAGAGGAACAAGCC